AUGAAGCUGAUGAAAUGGGAGCUGAUGCUGGGAGCUCUGCUGAGCACAGCCUUUGGGGGGCUGUUGUUGUUGUUUCUGAGUCAGCUGCUAGCUUCUUGGACAGAUCUGAGCUCUCCAUUCACCAGGACCUCUUCCAAGAAGUUUGAGUGGCAGGCUCAGACACCACCCGCCUUGGUCCCGAGGGUUCUUCAGUCCUAUUCUUUCCUGCUCAACCAUCCUGACAAAUGUGAAGAUCCCAGAGGUCCCCCCUUCCUGCUCAUGCUGGUGAUGACCCGGCCCCAGGAAGUGGGGGUGCGCCAAGUCAUCCGGCAAACAUGGGGCAAUGAAACCUUGGUGUCCGGGGUGAUUAUCCGCCGCCUCUUUGUUCUUGGCCUGCCUCCACCUCUCUUUGCCCAGGAACUUCAGGACCUCUUGGAGGAGGAGGAUAGGGAGCAUGGGGAUCUCCUCCAGGUGGGCUUCCUGGAUACAUACCACAAUUUGACUUUCAAGGUUCUCACAGCCUUGGAGUGGAUGGCCCAGUCCUGUCCCACUGCCCAGUAUGUGCUCAAGGUGGAUAGUGAUGUCUUCUUAAACCCCAAUUACCUAGUACAGCAGGUGCUGUGGCCCAAUGGACCCACACAGCUAGAUUUCAUCACAGGCCACAUCUACAGAGGUGCAAACCCUGUACGGAAGCAGAAUCAGAAGUGGUAUAUGUCCCCAGAGCUAUAUUCCCACAACCAAUAUCCAGACUAUUGUGGGGGCCCUGGUUAUGUGAUGUCUGGCUCCCUGGCCCUUAGGAUCCUGGCUGUAGCGAAGUCAAUCAAGCCCAUCCACUUGGAGGAUGUGUUUGUGGGGUUAUGUCUACAACAGCUUGGGGUGAAGCCUACUCCUUCUCCCCCCAACACCUUCCUGAUGUUUUGGAGGAAGUAUGACCACUGUACCUUCCACCGACUUGUCCUGGUUCAUCACUUCCAGCACCAGGAGUUAUUACAGAUAUGGCCAGACUUCAUACUAUCCCAUAGUGCCUGCCCCACAGGGUAA